CUCGUCCUACUCCUACCUACCCACCACCUUCCUUUUUUCCCCCAACAACCCGCGCCACAGACUCUCCCCCACCCACCACAUCGUUAGUAUAAAAUCUCUCUCAUUUCUUCUCCCGAUUCUUCAGGGCCUUCUUCUUGCACUCUUCAUCAAUUCUUUCUUCCUAUUUUGAUCUUUAAAGCACAGAAUCCAGAAAAAAGGGGUAAAGUUCUUGAAGAAACAAUGGCUCUUGCAAGCACAUCUACUCUCUCCUCCAAAUCUCUUCUACAGUCUCAAUCCCCUCUUCGUUCCUCCAACCCUCAACAUUCCUCUUUCCCUCUCUUCCCCAACAACAAAUCCAUCUCCAGAUCUGCCAAACCCAUCUCAGCCGUCCACGCCGCGGAGCCCGCCAAGAACCCCGUCGUCGCAGACAAGCAAUCCAAGUCUGCCGCUUCUGCCUCCACCACCAUCCCCCCAAAGACCGUUCCCGGCAAAUGGACCGUCGAUAGCUGGAAAUCUAAGAAGGCUCUCCAGCUCCCUGAGUACCCAGACAAGCAAGAGCUCGAAUCUGUUCUCAAGACCAUCGAAGCUUUCCCACCCAUCGUUUUCGCUGGUGAAGCGAGAAGUUUGGAGGAACGCCUCGCUGAGGCUGCCAUGGGUAGGGCCUUCCUUCUCCAGGGCGGCGAUUGUGCCGAGAGUUUCAAGGAGUUCAACGCCAACAACAUCCGGGACACCUUCCGUAUUCUUCUCCAGAUGGGUGCCGUUCUCAUGUUCGGAGGACAAAUGCCUGUCGUCAAGGUGGGAAGAAUGGCUGGUCAGUUUGCAAAGCCAAGAUCGGAUCCAUUUGAGGAGAAAAACGGAGUAAAACUUCCGAGUUACAGAGGGGACAAUAUCAAUGGGGAUGCUUUCAAUGAGAAGUCCAGAGUUCCGGACCCACAGAGGAUGAUUAGGGCCUACUGCCAAGCCGCAGCUACUCUAAACCUUCUCAGGGCUUUCGCUACUGGAGGUUACGCUGCCAUGCAAAGAGUUACUCAGUGGAAUCUCGAUUUCACUGAACACAACGAACAGGGAGACAGAUACCAAGAACUGGCUCACCGGGUUGAUGAGGCUCUAGGGUUCAUGUCUGCCGCUGGGCUCACGGUUGACCACCCGAUCAUGACCACAACCGAGUUCUGGACAUCCCACGAGUGCUUGCUUUUGCCCUACGAGCAAGCACUGACCAGGGAAGAUUCGACCUCUGGCUUCUUCUAUGACUGCUCUGCUCACAUGCUCUGGGUUGGGGAACGCACCCGACAACUAGAUGGUGCCCACGUCGAGUUCCUGAGAGGAAUUGCCAAUCCCCUUGGCAUCAAGGUAAGUGAUAAGAUGGACCCCAACGAGCUAGUGAGGUUGAUCGAAAUCCUGAAUCCUCAGAACAAACCUGGUAGAAUAACGAUAAUCACGAGGAUGGGAGCUGAGAACAUGAGAGUGAAACUUCCACAUCUGAUAAGGGCGGUUCGCAGAGCAGGCCAAGUGGUCACCUGGGUUAGUGACCCAAUGCACGGCAACACCAUCAAGGCUCCUUGUGGUCUCAAAACUCGCCCCUUCGACGCAAUCAGGGCGGAGGUCCGAGCAUUCUUCGAUGUGCAUGAGCAAGAAGGCAGCCACCCCGGAGGUGUUCAUCUAGAGAUGACAGGUCAAAACGUGACAGAGUGCAUUGGAGGGUCAAGGACUGUGACCUUCGACGACCUAGGCUCACGCUACCACACCCACUGCGACCCAAGGCUGAAUGCAUCUCAGUCUCUGGAGCUUGCCUUCAUCAUCGCGGAGCGGCUUAGGAAGAGGAGGAUUGGGUCGCAGCCCGUCAUCGGUUCCUUGGGGGGGCUGUAGAGUGUAGGCUAGGGGGUCCAUUUGUUGCUUCUUUUCCCUAAUUACUGGCACUUCUCUAAUAUUUUCUUGUGUUGGCUUUUGAAAUUAAUUUAUAUGUAAUUGCAUGCAUGUAAUGUAAGUAUACUGUAAACCUUUAUGGGUCGAGACUUUUUUAAAUAUAUGAGAGAUGAAUAAAGCGAAGGCUAUUAUUGGUUUCAA